AUGCAUCGGGGAAAUGUUGCUAGCAAAGGACCCCUCACCCCAACACACGGGUGGCAGCAGCCUCCCCGCCUUCUCAUCGUGGAUGCUGCACUCCCCUCGUGGGCCACGGUCUGCUCCAAUCUCUGCGAGGCUCUGCAGAAUUUCUUCUCUCUAGCCUGCAGUCUGGAAGGCCCUAGCCGCAUGUCCUUGUUCAGCAUGUAUGUGGUUCAGAGUCAACACGAGUGCAUCCUUCCCUUCGUGCAGGUGAAAGGGAACUUUGCCAGGUUGCAGGCCUGCAUCUCUGAAUUGCGCCUGGUGCCAAGAGAAGGGAUUUACCAGCCCCAGAGAUCCUGUCUGAAUGUGGCGGUGCAGGAUGGGCUCCAGCAGUUCAAACAGUACAGCAGGCAUGUGAUGGCGAGUGUGGCUUCAACCUCGGUGGAGAUUACAGUUCUGACCUGCCAGCCUGGAAAAGAGAUUGUUAAACAGCUGGAGGGAGAGUUGCAAGACACAGACUUGGUGAGCCUCCGGAGACUGCAAGUCACCGAGAUCUCAAAAGGAGAUGUCUUGGAGUUGAUGGAUUCACCGCCCAGCCAAGGCCCUGUCGAAGAGCUUGGCAGCGAUGAAUGUUCCAUCCUGGGAACUGACAUUGAUCUUCAGAUCAUAGAAAAUGACACCGUAAGUAUAGAGAUUUUCUUCAAAGCUUGGCUGCAAGACAGUGGGACGGACCAAGAGCAUCUCCAUCUCCUUCUUCCUUCGCCGUGUUUCAGCAGCUUCUCCAGCGCCAGCUCGGAACCAAUGUGUCUGAAAUGUGAUCUUCAGGAGAGGCUUCUUAACCCUGCCCUCCUCCCUGGCACAGCAGAGAGCACCCUGACAGCAGACAACCCCCGAGGAGACUUCAGCUCAUUCUACCAGAUGGCCCCCCAAUCAACAGCAUCAUGUUACAGACUCCAAGUAAUCAAGGCUCUAAAAUCCAGUGGGGUCUGCGAGUCAGUGACGUAUGGACUCCCAUUCAUCAUCAGGCCAACAAGUUGUUGGCAGCUGGACUGGGAUGAGCUAGAGACAAACCAGCAACAGUUCCAUGCUUUGUGUCACAGCCUGCAGAAAAGAGAGUGGCUGCUAUUGGCCAAAGGAGAGCCUCCAAGCCCAGGACCCAGCCAGAGAGGUCCCACCAACACCUUCUACAUCAUCUUCCCAUCUAGCUCUCUCACAAUGCUUGUCAAAGCAGUGGCCACGUGUGAGCUGCUGCUGCCCAACUCCUUCCCUCUGCCUUCUGAGGACCCACCUGAGGAUAUCCUUCAGAGUGUGGAGAGCACCUUGGAUGGCCUCGAGGUAGAAUCCACCUACAAUCCUCUGCGGGUUAAGGGCCGCCUCUAUGAACACCUGAGAAGCCUCUUGUCCAAGCCUCAGGGGCUCAUCUCCCCAGGGCGGGAGCUGCAGCCCCCCAGACAGGUUGGAAGGCUGCCCCCAAACCGAGCCCGAGCGACGGUGUUCCCUCUGCCCCUGGUGCCAACCCCGACUCCUUCCAGGGCCCACAAAAUGCCGGCAGCCAAAAAGGCAUCGUCGGAGCCCGUGCUGUUGCUUUCAGAUGACGAAGAACGUCUCUUCUGAGAGUCCCGGCAAAGGCCCCGAAGGAUCUGGCCGCGUUUGGCCAGGCCUGCCCCCUCCCCCUGCAGCGGCUUGAGGCCUGUCCUGGCUUCUGAGGGUCUCGGGUGCCCCCAUCCCGCCUCCGGCACUGUACGGGCAAGCGUGUGAGGGUCCCUGACAGCAGCCCAGGCUUUCUCUUCCCACUGAAUAAAAGGCCGC